AUGGCAUUUUAUAGGGGUGUGAUUCUGCUAUAUUUGGCUCUUGUUUUGGUUGUUAAACUUGAUUUUGCUUACUCAAACUUAAGCUGCAUUGUGAUUGAGAAGGAAGCUCUUUUCGAUCUCAGGAGAGGCCUAAUCCAUAAAGCAAACCGUCUGUCUUCAUGGAAGGGCGACAACUGUUGUGCCUGGGAUGGAGUUGGCUGCGACGAGAGAACCGGCCAUGUCAUAAAGCUUGAUUUGAGCAAUCCUGUAUCUUUUGAUAGUGAAAGAUACUUUGAUGACAAAGAUUAUUUUGCAAAUUUCAGCCAUAACUGCUUGGGAGAUAGUCUCAGCUGGCUAUCUCAAUUUUCUUCUUUGAAGAGCUUGGACUUAUCUGGGAUACAACUUUGGAAGGCUAAUGACUGGUUAGAUUCAGUCAACAUGCUGACUUCUCUGAUUUCAUUGAACGUAGCAGGCUGUGGACUUACUACAUUUCCUCCAAUUUCACAUAUUAAUUUCACAUCUCUUGCUUCUCUCAAUCUCCAAUGGAACAAUUUCGACUCCAACAUCCCUCUCUGGCUGUCCAACGUUACUAGCCUUCAGCAACUACAUCUUGACCAUAACAGCUUUGAUGGCUUGAUACCUGACAGUAUUGAGCAACUGACUUCUCUCACUCUUCUUGAUCUGUCUUCCAACUUCUUUUCAAUUCCACUACCAAAUUCUCUGUGUAGAUUGAAAAAUCUUGUCCACUUGGAUCUUAGCGGCAAUUACUUAAAUGGCACAGUCCCCUAUUGCCUCGAGAACCUGACUUCACUUGCAAUCCUUAAUCUGGAAGCAAAUAAUUUUCAGGGUUCGAUUCCAGAUUCCAUCUGUAAUCUCUGCAGUUUGCAGGUGCUUGAUUUGUCCCUCAACCAGUUUCAUUCAUCGCUGCCAAAUAUACUAAGAGAUCCCUCUUGUUGCCUCCUUAAUAGUUUGAAGGAGCUUUAUUUAGUAUCAAGUAACAUUUUUGGUUCCUUACCGAGUCAGCUGCAAAUGUACAAGAAUUUGGAGGUCCUACAUGUUUCUUUUAACUCAUUUUCUGGACCAAUACCAUUUGAGCUUGGUAGACUGUCGCAUUUGAGGGAGCUGGAUUUGAGCAACAAUAAAUUCAGUGGAAAUGUUUCCCCAGGUAUUGGGCAACUCUCAAAGUUAGUGAAGUUAGAUAUUUCUAAUAACUCAUUCACUGGUGCGCUAUCCGAAAUCCACUUUGAGAAGCUGACAGAACUAAGAGAUUUGUCUGUAUCCUUGAAUCCUUUGCAUCUGAAUGUGAGCCCUGAAUGGCUUCCUCCUUUUCAGCUCCACACAAUUCAGCUAGCAUCAAUAAUUGUUGGUCCCCGUUUUCCUCCGUGGCUGCAAACUCAGAAAAGUGUCAAGCAGUUAAUCAUGUCAAAUGCAAGCAUCUCAGAUACCAUACCUGCUUGGUUUGAGAAUUUAUAUUCACAAAUUGACGACUUGGAUUUGUCACACAACAACAUAAGCGGACAAUUACCAAAGUUUGAGGAAUCUCGUGGUUCUCUCCGAGUGAUAAAGCUCAACUCCAACAAAUUUGAAGGGCCAAUAGAAUCAGUUCCAUUAGAAAUGUAUCUAUUGGAUCUUUCAGAAAAUUUGUUGUCAGGACCUUUAGUACCUCUAGUUAACAAUCACACCAGUAGGUCACUGAACCAUCUCAUACUCUCUGGUAACCACUUGUCUGGUGAAAUUCCGCUGUCCUUGUGUGUCACACAGAGUUUGGUACGAAUUGAUCUAUCAGCGAAUCAAUUUUCAGGAACAAUCCCCUCAUGCCUGGCCAAUCUUCAGAACUUGCAAGUGCUUGAUCUCUCUAAUAAUAGUCUCAGUGGUCAAAUUCCAGAUUCUUGGGUUUUUUCUGAGGAACUUCAUUCUUUGCACCUGCAGCAGAACAAAUUGGAUGGAAAAAUUCCAUCGUCAGUCAGAAACCUGAAAGGAUUGCACAUUCUAGAUCUCGGGGAUAAUGAACUGAAGGACAUCAUUCCUUCCUGGAUAGGAGAAGAGUUACAAGGCCUUGUAUAUCUCAGACUUCACUCAAAUAACUUUUACAGUGGUAUUCCAUUGCAACUCUGUCAACUGAAGAUUCUCAGGCUGCUGGACUUGGCAAAGAACAAUUUAUCUGGAAGCAUCCCUCAUUGUGUUAAUAACUUCAGUGCCAUGAUUUCAGAUGAUCCAAUAUUAUCCUCUCACAUGCGGUUCUUAAUUUAUUUUGAGCGGAGAAUUUUAGAAUCCGCACAAGGUAUGGAACAGAAGUAUUCUACAACCUUGCCUUUUCUUUUAUCAAUACAGCUUUCACACAACAAUAUAUCAGGAGAGAUCCCUGAAGAGCUAAUGGAUCUCCUAAUAUUGAAGAAUCUUAAUCUUUCGCACAAUCAUCUUCAGGGAACAAUUCCUGAGAAGAUUGGCAACUUGAAAAACCUUGAGACUCUUGAUUUAUCAAGAAAUGAGCUUUCAGGUCCAAUUCCUACAAGUUUAUCCAUCAUAUAUUCACUGAGCCACCUAAACCUGUCGUUUAAUAGCUUAUCAGGGCCAAUUCCUACUGGGAAACAACUCCAAACCUUGAAUAAUGAAUCCAUUUAUGAAGGUAAUAGUGGACUUUGUGGAGCACCACUGUCAAAUAGCUGUUCUGAAGAAAAAUCAUCAAAUGGAGAUGAGCCAUUGCUGGACAGUGAGAGUGACAUGCAGCUCGAGUCCUUAUGGUUUUAUGCUGGUUUGGGACCUGGUUUUGGCUUUGGAUUCCUGGUUGUUUGUUGCACUCUAGUUUUCAAAAGGUCCUGGAGCAAUGCAUUGUUUCUGUUCCUAGAUAAUCUCUUUAGCAGGAGAAGGCAGCAAUGA